AUGCUUAGACUUCGACUGUCGAUAACAAUUGAGUUGAUACUUCUGUUGUUGACUCUGACCAGUGGUAAUAAAUGUCACAUCCCCAUUCGUAAACAGUGCUGGUUCAUUGCAGCAAUUGUGGCAAAGAGUCUCACGGAGUUAGUGUGUCAAAUAAAUCCUCGCCACUGCCGGCCGCAGAAAACACAACAUGACAAGGAAAGCGUAGGUUUCAGCAAAUUCCUACCAUCUGCACCUCAUCUAGCCUCGCCAAGUGCUGCAGAGUUUGCAAGAUGGCAGAAUUACGAAAAGGGCGAAGCGGGUACGGGGAUCACACCAGAUUCUGGACCUGGUUUCGGUCCAGGUCUCGGUAAUGUUAACAUCGCAACGGGUGUUGGUGUCCAAACCCCCGUUGGAGGACUUGGAAUUCGCCGAGAUUUUGAUCUAGCUUUUGGCGGAUCCGGGCGAAGUGGUGGGCGGAGUUUUGGAUUUGGAAAUGGACAUCAGCGAGAUAUUGGCUCUGCGCCAUGGGCUUGGCCAUAA